CCGACCCCGACCCAGCAUGAGCGCUGCGACGCACUCGCCCAUGGUGCAGAUGGCGUCCGGCGGCGGCGCCGGCGACCGCGACCCCCUGCCGCCCGGCUGGGAGAUCAAGGAAACUCCAUCCUCUGCCAAUGGCCCUUCCCGGGAGGGCUCCAGGCUGCUACCCACUAGGGAAGGCCACCCUGUGUACCCCCAGCUCCGACCUGGCUACAUUCCCAUUCCCGUGCUCCACGAAGGCACAGAGAACCGGCAGCUGCGACCUGUCCAUGCCUAUCUGCAGCCCGGGAUGCCACGUUUCCGAACCGAGGCGGCAGCAGCAGCUCCUCAGAGGUCCCAGUCACCUCUGCGGGGCAUGCCAGAAGCCACGCAGCCAGAUAAACAGUGUGGACAGGUGGCAGCAGCUGCAGCAGCCCAGCCCGCAGCCUCCCACGGACCUGAGCGGUCCCAGUCUCCAGCAGCCUCUGACUGCUCAUCCUCAUCCUCCUCAGCCAGCCUGCCCUCCUCUGGCAGGAGCAGCCUGGGCAGUCACCAGCUCCCCCGGGGCUACAUCCCUAUCCCAGUGAUACACGAGCAGAAUAUCACCCGGCCAGCAGCCCAGCCCUCCUUCCACCAAGCCCAGAAGACCCACUAUCCAGCUCAGCAGAGUGAAUACCAGACCCACCAGCCUGUGUACCACAAGAUCCAGGGGGAUGACUGGGAGCCCCGGCCCCUGCGGUCAGCAUCCCCAUUCAGAUCUCCCGUCCGGGGUGCAUCAAGCCGAGAGGGCUCACCAGCCAGAAGCAGCACGCCGGUGCAUUCUCCAUCGCCCAUCCGUGUGCACACUGUGGUCGACAGGUCUCAGCAGCCCAUGACCCAUCAAGAAUCUGCACCUGUUCCCCAAUCUGAAAACAAACCAGAAAGUAAGCCAGGCCCAGUUGGACCAGAUCUCCUUCCUGGACACAUCCCAAUUCAAGUGGUUCGCAAGGAGGUGGAUUCUAAACCUGUUUCCCAAAAACCCCCGCCUCCCUCUGAGAAAGUGGAAGUAAAGGUUCUGCCUGCUCCAGUUCCUUGUCCUUCUCCCAGCUCUGUCCCUUCUACUGUCCCCUCUUCCCCCAAGAAUUUGGCUGUAGAAGAGAGGGCAGCCCCCAGCUCUGCUCCUGCAGAAGCUACUCUCCCAAAACCUGGAGAAGCUGAGGCCCCCCCAAAACAUCCAGGUGUGCUGAAAGUAGAAGCCAUCCUGGAAAAGGUGCAGGGGCUGGAGCAGGCUGUAGACAACUUCGAAGGCAAGAAGACUGACAAAAAGUACCUGAUGAUCGAAGAGUAUUUGACCAAAGAGCUGCUGGCUCUGGAUUCAGUGGACCCCGAAGGACGAGCUGAUGUGCGUCAGGCCAGGAGAGACGGUGUCAGGAAGGUUCAGACCAUCUUGGAAAAACUUGAACAGAAAGCAAUCGAUGUCCCAGGUCAAGUCCAGGUUUAUGAACUCCAGCCCAGCAACCUUGAGACCGAUCAGCCACUGCAGGCAAUCAUAGAGAUGGGUGCUGUGGCUGUAGAAGAGGGAAAGAAAGAUACCAGAAAUGGAGGAGAUCCCCAAACAGAAACCCAGCAGCCAGAAGCCAAAGCAGCAGCUCCAAACCCCAGCAGCACGACAGACCCAGCUGGUAACCCAGCAGCACCAUAGACUCCGCUCAAUAAAAAUCAGACUUGGAUACUGGGAAAGGAUUGUGUGCUUUAGGGAAUUUUAAGUUGCAUGCAUUUCAGGGACUUUAAGUCAAUUGGUUUUUAUUACUUGUAGCCGCUUGGUACGCAGUAACUUGGGUGGAGGCAAAACACUAAUAAAAAGGGCUAAAGGGAAAAUGAUGCUUUUCUUCUGUAUUCUGUACUAGUAAAGAAAUUGCUUGUUGUUUCAGAAGUUUAAUCCCAUUGCUUGUUUUGGAGCCCUUUCUAUGCGUGGGCACCACACCUUGGCCGUGGUUGUAGACAGAAAGCUAUCUUCCUGCAGCUCUGGACUGAAGGAGUUCUUUUAGGGGGUAGAUGGGGAGUCAAUUUCCCAUAACAUAAAUAUGAAAAACAUUUUUCAGAAAUGUUGCCAUUUCAAUGGGAUGAUUGUCUUCAUCUCAUAGUUAAAAUACGUAACUUUAGCUAGAAUAAAAUGUAUAAGGAACCAUAGGAAUCUGUAUGUUGGAUGACUUUAAUGCUACAUUUUAAAAAAAGGAAAAUAAAGUAAUAUAACUCAA